AUCGUUCACAUGCAAUCCGCCAUAAACAGCUCUUUUCCAUAGACUCAGUCCACCACACAUCAACAUCUCCUAUUUCUCUACCUACCCCGCUCCUGCUCAUCAUCCAAACCACUAAAUUUUCUAUUUGAACGAACCACCACAUAUUAGAUCAGCACGCGACAAUCUGAACACUGAUUAUUUGCAACGUUGGAGCUAUUGGAAAGCUCAAAUAUAUAGUACCUUGAUUUUACGGGUAUUAUAAACAAAGAAAAAGCAGUUCACGAUGUUUAAAAAGGAGUGUGUGAACCCCCUCACCUCUUGCGAUGAUCUGAUCUAUUUUGCGCUACAUGUUGCACAAAUACUGACCAUGCUUCAUUAAUAUAGUUUCCAAGCAGGCUCACGAUCCAAAGUAAAAUCGUCUGUGCAACGAGGGCUUCGGUCUAAGCUUAUCGAGACGUACCCCGGGUUUGAGCCCUAUAUCGAUGAGAUCAUGCCCAAGAAGGCUUCUUUGGAAGCCGUAAAACUCCCAGACCGAGUUACUCUAUACACUAUCGAUUCAAAUCCACUCUUCUACCAACCCUUCGAUGGCCCUCCAAUCCCUCACCUCAAACUGAUCCAUGCCUUCCCUGACGUCGUGCCCAAAAUCCAAAUCGAUCGCGGAGCUAUACGAUUUGUGCUUUCAGGCGCUGCUCUAAUGGCGCCUGGAUUGACUUCGCCGGGUGGUCGGUUACCGGAUAAAGAUAAUGCGUUGAAUGUCGGGGAUGUUGUUGCUGUGAGUGCAGAGGGGAAGACUGAAGUUUGUAUGGUGGGACCGUUGAAAAUGGGGACGGAGGAGAUGAAGGAGAAAGGGAAAGGGGUGGUUAUGGAUGCGGGUCAUUAUUUGGGAGACGGGCUUUGGAAGUUGAAUUUGGAUUAGAUAUGACUGUUUCGAAAAAAGAAAUAAAUCAGCUUUCUUCCGUCGUGGGAAGAUGCCUAGGUCCUGGAUUAUAUUCUGACGCUAAGUAUAACUCCUAGAUAAUGGCUGAUUGAUAUAUAUACAACAAAACAUCAAGUAACAUGAUAUGAUUCAUCCAUCCCACUGCUUCCAUUUUCGGAAACAGAUGCACCUUCAUCAUCGGUCCUUGAUGUGAUGGGUGACAGGUUGGAAGUUGUGCCGUCGCUGGCAAUUGACGACAUAUCACUGCCCUUCCGACGACGAUGUCCUGUGCCUCGUGGCGACAAAAGUGAGGGUACUGGAGGGAUACCCAGAGUCAAACCCAACCCUCGCAUAUUCCGGUUACCAGGCUCUGUAGCGUUUCCCGGCUUUUGUCCGGCCAAAGAGCGUCGAACACCGACUCGGUCGAUAGUGCGGCGUAGCAUGCCGCCAGAUCCAUCAAGUGCAAUCAGGAAUCUGGCUAGUUCGGCACAGAGAUCCCAGUCAUUUUUGGAAGCUGCAAGUCCGAGUAAACGCACCGCAUAAUCUUCGGUUCUGGCCUUGCUAAUCUCUUCAUCUUCCUCAUCGUCAAGGGCUUGGAGGAUUAGUAGGUAACCUGCCGCGGUCUUCAGUGAUCUCAGUUUCAACGCUUGCUCAAACAGGUCUUUCGGCGGCGGGAGAUGCGCAAAGAGGGUGCGCCAUGAUCGGAUCUCAUUCUUUCGUGUACAUUGCACUACGAUAUCAAGAUAGACAUCUGGUGGAAGAGAAGCUUGGAGAAAUGAGAUAACGGAGGGCAGAAGUGGCUGUCGAGUUUCGUCUCGUAGUUCGACUCGACUAGAGCCAUCAACCGCCUCAUCUAGAACGUGGUGAAGGAGUAUUUCGAGGGCAUGGGGGAAAUAGGAUAGGUGUGAAUAAUAAUGUGAUAAUGAAAGAGCAGACGGCAUGUCAACAUUGGCUAGACUAUGCCGGAGGAAGUAUGGGAGGAAAAGAUGAGUCUGAAU